AAAAAGACUGAAAUCCAUCUAAAAAAAUUCCAGAAGUAAUCGGAAGCACCGAUUCAUCCGGUAUCUCUUUCUGUCCCACUCAGAUUGUGAUCAUGGAAGCUGAACGAUACAGGUGAAUCACAGUAAAGGAACGAGGGAAGCGGGAAUGAGGAGAUUUUUCAGAGCGCAUAGCUACAGCGAUGAAGACAACAGUCAGAUCCAGUACCUGACGGCUAAGUGUAACCGCCUGACACAUGAAAAAGUAGUGCUGGAGAGGGAAUGCAUGGGGGCCAGGGAGAGAGAGAGGAGCCUGCAGAAUGAGCUGGAGGCUCUGUCCACACAGCUCUGCCAACAGGAGCAGGUCAACAUAGAUUUGAUGUUCAAACAUGAUCAAAUGCUCGGCAGGGUCCAUCAUGAACAGGCCCCAGAGUCUGCAACACCACUAAGCGGCACAAUGAAGACAAAGGAGCCCUCCAAACAGCAACGGGUGCAUCUUGUGGUGGAGGAGAGCUUCAGAGAUGCUGCACUGCUGGGCCUACAGCUGGAACAGGUCAACUCGGAGCUUCUGCACCUGCAAAGUUCUGAGGUGCAGCUGGAAGGCCUGGUGGAAGAGCUGCACACGAAGGACCUGCAGAGAGCUGCAUUGACAGAGGACCUUCAGGUGCAGCUGCACAGUAAGGUAUUGGAGUUGGAAGAGCUUCAGUGCGGCUACGCUGCCAACACCCAGGAGCUGGAGGAGCUGCGUAGCGCCAACCAGAGGAAGGUGCAGGGACUGCAGCGGGAGAACGAGUGCAGCCUGAAGAAGCUCCAGGAGACGGCCGCGCAGUUUGAGUGGCUGUGUGAACAGCAGCGCUACUGGAUGUGCUGCGUCAAGAGAUUCAAAGACUGCCUGUCAGAGGAGAAGGACUCUCUGGUGCAGCAGGUGAAACGGUUGGAGAAGGAGGUAGCAGAGCUGAGGAAGAGCUCAGAGAGCACUACCCAGAUGCUGUGCUGCCCCCUAGAGGACACAGUCAGCCAGCACUGUGACAGAAUGCCCUCUUGGGAAUCCGGUAAGAUGGCUGACCUGCAAACCCAGGUGGACAAAUGGAGAAAGCUGUAUGAGGACCUCUUCAGCCAGUUCACACCCCACCAAGGGGGGCACGUUGUCGACGGAUACCAAAAACCUCCUUGAGGUCAGAAGACCAUGAAAUCCAUCUCUUUUUCUUCAACCCAGUGGAGGCACUCCUAACUUUUGUCUGUUUGUCUCGCUACUCAACUGUUGCUGAGAACCAUACAACCUCACCGUUCUAUUGUUGUCAUGGUUUAAAUGUCUUGAAACCACUGCAUGACCAUGACUGUACUGGAGUGUGAUAUGCCACUUUGUUACAGUCUAUUGUCUAUAUUUUGGUAUGAGUAUUAGUGUUCUCCUAUUUGGACACACUUUCCUGUCAUUGUCUAUUUUCAGACACACUGGUGGAACAUAGUAAAUCAACAAGUAAAAACACCUGAGAAUGUCUGUUUUGUUGUUGCUCUGCCAAUCCGGAUGAUGACUCUAGCUGAUGAGCAGAGAACCACAACACAUGCUAAUGUUUUGUCCUGGUGAACAUUCCUGACAUUCACUCCCAUUUACAAUUAACCAGAUGUGGGGUUAAAAACACAACUCAUGUAAAAUGUACAUAGGUUCAGAACUUUUGUGAAACGGCACAGUUAAAAAAUAUAUGGCAAAAUGGAAAUCAAACUGGAUGCGCUUUAGCGAUAGAUGGUAGCUGAAGGAUGGGAUUAAAAACAAA